AUGGAAUUGGAGAAGAGAAGGUUGUUUGUGGGUGGGAUUUCUUGGGAAACAAGUGAGGCUACUUUGAGAGAACACUUCAGCAAGUAUGGAGAGGUGGAGGAUACUUCGCUUAUCACUGAUAAGCGUACUGGUCAUGGAAGAGGGUUUGGCUUUGUGAGCUUCAAAGACCCCGAUAUGGCUAAUCAAGCACUUCAAGAUCAACAUGUUAUUCUUGAAAGAAAGGUAGAUGUGAAACCAGCAAAACCCAGAGGUAAUAAGAGGAACCAAAAUCAGACUAUCCACUCUGAAGAGCAAAGUAAUGGAACUAGUACUAGUAAUAAGAAGAUUUUUGUAGGAGGUCUUCCACUUGAUCUGACAGAGGAAGAAUUCAAGAGCUACUUUUGGAGUUUUGGUACGAUUAUUGAUGCUGUGGUGAUACAUGACAAAGAAACCCACAGACCAAGGGGCUUUGGAUUUGUUACUUUUGAUUCAGAGGAUGUUGUGAAUAAUCUGUUGCAGAAAAGUUUAUAUGAACUGAAAAAUAAGCUUGUGGAGGUUAAGAGGGCUGAACCGAAGGACAUCAAUCAUAGUCAGAUAUUCUCUUAUCAUUGGAACAACACAGUCUUAAGUUCUGGUAGCCUUGGUUAUGUGCUUAAUGCUCCUUAUUAUCAUCAUUAUGCUCCUUAUUUUGAUUUUUAUUCUCCUAUAUGUGCAUCGUCUUACGGGGAUGCUUCAUGGAAUUAUUUUGGUGCACCAUUUUAUGGGGGUGCAACAUGGUUGCACCCUUACGGAUAUGAGGUUCCAACUUUUGAGCCCAAUGGAGUUGAUUUUGGAGCAUUCCCAAUCCUUAAUAUAGGAACUUGGAAUGGCUUUCAACCUAAUGGAGAUAUGGUGCCUUAUGCAAACCUUGCACCCCAUGAUAAUGAUGUUGAUCGAAUUCUUUCAUCGGAGCCAUGGAGUUUCGACAAACACCUAAGGGUCCUAUCUCGCUACGACAAGGAUGCCUCUCUGAAGGCAUUAGAUCUAACUAAGGUCUCUUUUUGGGUUCAAGUCUACGACGUCCUGCUGCGUUUCAGAAACAAGGAGGUCACAGAAAAAAUAUGUGAAUUAGCAGUAAUGAUACUCCACCCCAAUGAAGUUCUGGACCAUGAUGGAGGCAACUUCAUUAGAGUGAGAGUUUUGGUUGAUAUUUCUCAGCCGUUGUGUUGA